AAUUACCAAACCUGUUUUCUAAUCGCGUCAUGACGUCGACACCAAGAUUUUACGUAGCCUACCGCCGCAGUUCACCGUGUCUCUCCAUCUGAUCUCUCCGUUGCAGAAUUCCCCGCCUCGCCUUACUUCAAUUUGCGCACCGCGAUCUUUAGCAGUGCUACGGAUUAACCAGCGGCUCAUAGACCGUGAACCGGACUGUCCACUAGUGUAGGAUUUAUUUGUCACGGAAAACACUUCGCACUGAAAACGAGUAGGGGGAAUGAUGACCAACCCUAUGCCCCGGUGUCUGGCUCACGGUUCCUAAAGAAGUCCUCUCAAGGAUGCUGCCUUCGAAGCGGAUCGAACGACAACCCCGGGCCUCGCUUCAGCCCGGGGUUCUCCUGUGUGUCAUUCUCGCCACUGUCAGUGCAAGUAUGCCAGCUGGGGGUAAGUGCCCGGACCACAUAGACUGUGCCCGCGAGGGGCGGCACUUCUGCAAACCUGGCACAUCCUACUGCGGCCCGUGUCUCAAUCCAUUGGACGAGAACCAGGAAGGAUUGUGCGUGGCAAGGACGAGCCGCCGUCACCAUGGUAAAGUCACAUCCUUCUCUGAUCUAGAUGAAGAGAUUGACUUCCUUCACUCUGUCAUUGCCAAACAGGAAGUGUCUGAGGUCAAACAAUCAGACACCCGCUCCAAGGCAGCUAGGACUCAGACAGAGGCUCCCAGAAUGAGAGGGCAGGUCCAACCCUCGGCGGGGCAGCCCAACACCACCCAGCCCUCCACCCAGGCCCCCCAGCCUGCCACCGGGGCUCUGGGGAGGGUUGGAGCGGUAGGACCUGAUGGCCUCAUAGCCGUCCCAUACACCUCCAAGGACAGUCUCCUCGUCAUUAUGAUCUCUGUGUGUGUCGUCUUUGGCGCCGCGGGCCUGAUCUUGGCUUCAGUUUUCUGGGUCAGGCUGCAGAAGGAAUCCCGUCUGGCCCAGAAGGUAGAUUACCCUGCAUUUGGAAGCCAUGGGAAUGGAACAGCCAACAGGCCUUCAUCGGGGGAUAAGAAGUUGGCCCAGAGUGCCCAGAUGUACCACUACCAGCAUCAGAAACAGCAGAUGCUCUCCAUGGAAAAUCAUAAAUCGGAACCGAAGGUCGCUGACUCAGAAGUCACGUCAGAUGAGGAGGAAGUGGACGGAGACUUCACUGUAUACGAGUGCCCUGGACUGGCACCGACUGGAGAGAUGGAAGUGAAGAAUCCUUUGUUCAACGACUCUACCCUACACUACCAGGGGAAUCCCAUGUGAAACCCAUAGAUGUUCAUGCCUGCACACACACACACCAUUUCUUGUA